GACUACGGCCUCUGUUACUCCACUUCCAUCCCGUGGCGGCGGUAUCUGGAAGCGUUACAAGUAGACUGGAAGCCAGUGCCAUGUUUCGUUCCUCCACACUUUCUAGUUCUGAGACAGGAGGUAGCAUGUUGGGGAAGGGCAGUGCACGAAACCGCCAGCUUCGGUUCAGCAAUGCAUUAAACGUGCGUUUUUGGUUUUUUUUUUUUUUUUUUCUGGACAGAAGCUUUGCACUUGGAAUCAGAAAUGCAGUGGCAUGUAUUGUCACCGUUAGUAGUAGAACUUCUCUCUCUUUUGUGUGUGUGCCUGUGUGUGGUUUGGCCAAACCCACAGCAACUGAACAUACUCCUUAGACAAUCAGUGAAUGUAUUACAUUCCUGGGAUUUAUUGCAAGCUCUUAUGAACGAUCUUCACUGAAUUCUCUUCAUCUUUUCUUGCCCUGGCUUACAAGGAAAAAAAAAAAAACUAGAAGAAGAAAUUAAGAAAAGGCAGUUGCUUCACAGAAGUGUAAGCUUUCCUGUUUACCGCAAGGCCGGGGCGGGCUCGGCUGCCCACACCCCUCGGACCCUGAGCACACCUGUUCCUAGAGAGUUAUUAAUAGAGCCCAAAGAAUGACUUACUCUGUCAAAUGAUUUUCGUGCAAAUCGAAUGUCUUGCAAGGCAAUUAGGAGGUGGUUCUCAGCUCUUUUAGCAGGGGGGUGGGGGAGAGCAGAGGUGGUGUGAGCCUCCACCCUCAUGUUAGCGGUUGGGUCUCUUCGGAGGAGGGAACCCGCUGGGGAGCCGGCGAAUGCUUCAGGAGACCUCCACGCUGGAAACCUGGAGGGGGUUGGAGGGGUCGGCUUCCGAGGCCCUCUCCAGCCAAGGAAAAGAGACGCAGAAAAGCCGGGAUCCCUCGGGCCGGAGCACCCCCGCGGCAAGUGAAGGCUCGCUCGGCCUCGCCCUCUAGCGCCCUUCUGGAGAAGCGCCACCCCGGGCUCCGGGAGGCGCGGCUGCGCGCCAUGGGGUCUACCAGCAUCCCGCUGGUCAAGGCCCUGCGCAGUCCCGUCUCCGACUACGUCAACUACGAUAUCAUCGUCCGGCACUAUAACUACACGGGCAAGCUGAAUACCAGCGCGGACAAGGAGAAUGGCAUUAAAAUGAGCUCGGUGGUGUUCAUCCUCAUCUGCUGCUUUAUCAUCCUAGAGAACAUCUUCGUCCUGCUGACCAUUUGGAAAACCAAGAAGUUCCACCGACCUAUGUACUAUUUCAUCGGCAACCUGGCCCUGUCUGACCUGUUGGCGGGGGUGGCCUACACGGCCAACCUGCUCUUGUCUGGCGCCACCACCUACAAGCUCACCCCGGCUCAGUGGUUUCUGCGGGAGGGGAGCAUGUUCGUGGCCUUGUCGGCCUCCGUGUUCAGCCUCCUGGCCAUCGCCAUCGAGCGCUACAUCACGAUGCUGAAGAUGAAACUCCACAACGGGAGCAACAGCUUCCGCUCCUUCCUGCUCAUCAGCGCCUGCUGGGUCAUCUCCCUGGUCCUGGGCGGCCUGCCCAUCAUGGGCUGGAACUGCAUCGGCGCGCUGGCCAGCUGCUCCACCGUGCUGCCGCUCUACCACAAGCACUAUAUCCUCUUCUGCACCACCGUCUUCACGCUGCUCCUGCUCGCCAUCGUCAUCCUGUACUGCAGGAUCUACUCCCUGGUCAGGACUCGGAGCCGCCGCCUGACCUUCCGCAAGAACAUCUCCAAGGCCAGCCGCAGCUCCGAGAAGUCGCUGGCCCUGCUCAAGACCGUCAUUAUCGUCCUGAGCGUCUUCAUCGCCUGCUGGGCGCCGCUCUUCAUCCUGCUGCUGCUGGACGUGGGCUGCAAGGUGAAGACGUGCGACAUCCUCUUCAGAGCCGAGUACUUCCUGGUGCUGGCCGUGCUCAACUCGGGCACCAACCCCAUCAUCUACACCCUGACCAACAAGGAGAUGCGCCGGGCCUUCAUCCGGAUCCUGUCCUGCUGCAAGUGCCCGGGCGGGGACCCCGCGGGCAAGUUCAAGCGGCCCAUCAUUGCCGGCGUGGAGUUCAGCCGCAGUAAGUCGGACAACUCCUCCCACCCGCAGAAGGACGAUGGGGACAACCCGGAGACCGUUAUGUCCUCUGGAAAUGUCAACUCUUCUUCCUAGAACUGAAAGCCGCCGGCCCAUGGGGAGAGUUGUUGCGUGGUCACCCACCACCACCCAGGGUUUGGGGGGGAAAAAAAGGAAAAAAAAAAAUCUCUGUCUCCACUGCUGCUGGGGAGGAGCCGCUGGGAGCCAGAGGGAGGGCGGGCAGGCCCGGGGGUGCCGGGGUGUUGGUGGCUUAGUUCCUGUGAACAAUGCACUGGGAAGGGUGGAGACCCGGCCCUGGCCUGGAAGCUGUUUCCUAACCCCCGCCCCGGAGCUUUGAUUUUGCACUGAGCCAAAGGUCUAGCAUCGUCAAGCUCCUGAAGGGUUCCCAGUGUGGCCCUGGUCCCAGUGUGAAAGCAUCUGUCGGGAGCUUUGAGGAGACGUUUUCCUUCACCUUAGUUUCCAGCCCAAGUGAUUGUGUGCACUUCUGCUGCCCUGGGUAUGCUCUGCGUAUCCCACCCUCCCUCGCCCUUCAAACCCCUCCUCAGAAUUCUCUUACUUUCCAUCUGAACUACCUGGCCUUCAUCAGAGCUGGGGGAGCUGGGGGGGAGGUGGUAUAGUCCACUUCUGGGGGGUCUGUAGCAGGUAGCCUGUGUCCAGGACGUAGACUGUGAGGGAUGGAGAUGGUUUGGAGAUGUAAAGCCGUUUUAUUUGCUGAGGCCAAAGUUUCCAUGUAAGCCAGAUCAGUUUUGGGGAAUUUCAUUAAAGUCACUUUGAUUUCUUCUUUUUUUUUUUUUCCCCUUUCACAACAUGACGAUGAAAUGUGUGAUAGCAGCAUCAUUAUCCAUGGUGGCUGAAAUCUGCCUAAAGAAGUCCAGUUUAUCUACAUGGUAUUAGGCAGGGUCCUUAGUGUCCCAGGAGGAACAAACUAGCAAAACGAGGUGAAAACUGACGGGGGGUGGUGGUGACUGUAAACCAAGAGAGAUUUCUUAAUGGAUCUGUCUAAUGAAUACAACAUCUGUCUUUGGCACUUUUGUUGAUGUUUAUUUCAGAGUGUUGUGUGACUUAGUUCAACGAACAGGAUGGUUGUAUUUUGUUGUGUUAAAAGUACUUUCUGUGAUUUUUGAAUGUAUUUGUUUGAGCAUUUUAUUGGAUUUUUCUAACCUGCGUUAACACCGUUGAACGUGUAUUUCCUAAGAAAAUACAACCCUCUUGUGCCAUUAAAGCAUUACUUUAACUGAUAGGGAAUACCAGAAGUUUUUCAAUACAGCUGUUCAUUAAAUAGUUCAUUAAAGAUGUGUAUAAAUGUUACAAAAAAUAAAAAUAUAUUGCUGUCUCUUUAGUAUGGUUUUCAGUGCAAUUAAACCAAGAAAUGUCUUUUUAAAAAAAAUAGUAUUUAAUAGGUUUCUGACUUUUGUGGAUCAUUUUGCACAUAGCUUUAUCAACUUUUAAACAUUAAUAAACUGAUUUUUUUAAAGAUUA